UGGUGGGGUCUAGCAGAGAUUGAAUUUCAACAGGACAGCAUUCCCAAAAAAUUUCAAGACGGACAACGUGAGGCAGCGAGGGACGGGGCAAGAUUGUGAAUGUUCCCUGAGCAAACAACUGAAAGCGCAGGUUGUGUACAAUCUGGUCAGAGAGUUUAGCUGGACUGUCAGGGGACCUGUGUGUGAGUGUCGAUUGAAGGUAGACAGACAAACAAGGGCUUUGUGUGUAUGACAGAUGGAUGCGAUGACAGAGAGAAAGACGGACAACCUGAUGAGCCACGGGAGACAAACAAUGUGAUUUUUCAUCCUGCCAUUAGUAUCUGUCAGCAGCUGUUUUACAUUUAACACGCUUUGCUUUUAAGUCCAGUUGUUCUCCAAACUAUCAGGAGAGUGGUUUGCGGCAUUCCCUGGUCUGGGAUACUCAAAGGGAUGGACAGCAGUGACCCACAAGAAGAUGAAAGAGGAGGCAGAAGGAAAGAGAACGAUGGAGAGAAAGAUAAACAGCUGAAGAACCAGCUCAACAGUGAGGAAAAAGGGGAGAAAGAGAUCAAAGGGAAUGAGAAGGAGAAGAAGAAAGAAAGCCGACGUUCUGGCUCUUUAUGGAGAAGUGGAUGGGCGUUGAGUGAAAGACUUGCCAUCAAUGUCUCAGGGAUGCGUUAUGAAACUCAGCUUCGCACCUUAGCCCAGUUCCCUGACUCCAUGCUCGGUGACCCCAGGCGGAGGUCACGCUACUUUGACCCGCUUCGAAAUGAACUCUUCCUGGACCGCAAUCGGGCCUGCUUUGAUGCCAUUCUUUAUUUUUACCAGUCAGGUGGGAGGCUUCGGAGGCCAGCAAACAUACCCCUGGACAUCUUCAUGGAUGAGCUGUUGUUCUACGAGCUAGGAGAGGACAUCAUGAACCGCUUCAAGGAGGAUGAAGGUUUUCCAAAAGAGGAGGAGAGGCCACUGCCGUCCAACGAAAUCCAGAAAAGACUAUGGAUGCUGUUUGAGCACCCUGAGUCCUCAUCAGGCGCACGUAUUAUAGCUAUCAUCAGUGUAAUGGUCAUUGUAGUGUCCAUCCUCAUCUUCUGCCUGGAGACGCUUCCUGACUUCAGGCAUGAGAAAGAGUCACGAGAGGAAUAUUUUUACAGGUAUCACUCCCAGGCAAAGAAUGUAUCCGAGAACAUGCCUCCUCCACAGGGUGUUUUCCACGACCCUUUCUUCAUGGUGGAGACCAUGUGUAUAUGCUGGUUCUCCUUCGAGCUCCUCAUGCGCUUCGCUUGCUCUCCUAGCAAGACGCACUUCUUCAAGGAUGUCAUGAACAUCAUCGAUUUCAGUGCCAUCCUGCCCUAUUUUGUCACUCUGGGAACAGAGCUGGCCAAGGACAAUGACGCCAGUCCAGCAACAUCCCUGGCCAUCAUCAGAGUCAUCAGGUUAGUGAGGGUGUUCAGGAUCUUCAAGCUGUCUCGUCACUCUAAGGGCCUCCAGAUCCUUGGUCAGACACUGAGGGCCAGCAUGCGUGAGCUGGGCCUGCUUAUCUUCUUCCUCUUUAUUGGCGUCAUCCUCUUCUCCAGCGCCAUCUACUUCGCUGAGGCUGACCACACCAACACGGCCUUUAUCAGUAUACCACAUGCUUUCUGGUGGGCAGUUGUCACCAUGACCACAGUGGGCUAUGGUGACAUGUACCCAGAAACAGUGUGGGGUAAGCUGGUGGGCUCAAUGUGCGCCAUUGCUGGCGUGCUUACCAUCUCACUGCCAGUGCCUGUCAUAGUAUCCAAUUUUAGCUACUUCUACCAUCGGGAGACUGAAUGUGAGGAUCAAACCGAGUACACCCAUGUCCAAACAUCACUGUGGGAAGACGAAGAGCCGGAAGGGGAGGAAAUAGAUGAAGGUGACAGGGAUCCAGAGGGAGAUUAUUAUGCCAUUGAAGGCAUCUGUAACCCUCUGAAUGGGACUCUGCUGGGUGGACUAUGUACAGGGCAGACUGCAGAGUUCAGAGGGGGAAAUACAUAUCUGAGGGAACCACUGGUUACUCAGGUUUAGGGAGGGUGAGUGUGUUUUGUACAUUUGUCAAGACAUAGCAGGACAAGACUGAAAAAGGAAAAGCAAAACAAAGCACAAGUGAAUAAAGAUGAGUUCACAGAUCAUCAGCACAGGUCCUGGAGAGAGAAACAAGCAUAAUAUACAGACUUAUAACCUGUUAUUGCCAUUUUUGUUCAUUUACAGUUAUUUAUUGUAGCAUCAGCCAGCUAAAUGUCACUGAAAAGCAACCUUUUGUAUAAUAUAGCUUCAAAAAUGCAAGACAAUAAGUUUUACAUUCUCAGGGUCAUGAUAUAAAUAUAAUAUGAGCUGUUUUAUUUAUUAAUGCUAUCAGCUUGUGUUUGAGAUAAAAAUGACUUUCUGAAUGUCUGUGCCUUGAAACUAUGAUGUCUUAGUAUUGUCACUUUUGUGCCUUAAUGUUUGGAGUGGAAGCAGAUAGAUUAUUGGCAAUAUAGAUGUCACGUCUCAUCAAAACUCAACCAAACACCAGCGGAGCUGUCGCUGCAGACAAACUGAGAUCUCUUGUAAACCAUCCCCACAUUCUCAGCAUUCUUCUGUACAAAGUUCACACUUGUGUAGUUUUGGCUUAUGUGACCUGAAGCGACUGAGAUGACCUUUAUCAUGUGGUAAUACAACACUGUAAGAUUACUUGAUGGCACAGUGUCACUUGCUGUAUUUGUGUUAAAUUGCCAUGGUAGAAGUUAUAUGUGUAUCUGCUCAAUUAUGCACUCAGUGUUUUUAAUAAAGAUUAUAUUUUAUUAAUUUUCUUAAAAGAAG